AUGGAUCUCAAAAGUACCAUGGUUCUUAUCUCUCGUGUUACCAGCAAGUCCAGCCCAGAAGAUACUGAAUACCGUGUUCACACCCAUUUCUCGGAAACCAAUCCCUUCUAUCGCAUGUCCAACGAGCUUUGGGUUGAGAUUGGUCAGCACCUGCGUCGUAGAGAUCAUCUCCGCCUCAUGCUCGUCUCGCCCUCCAUUCUGGAUAUCUUCAGCUUCCUCGUCUACCGAACCUUAACUUGUGAAGGCUCUAGCGGUCGAAAGUGCAUGGCAAUGUUAGCAUCGGGGAAAGGGAAUGCAAUCUUCUAUUCUGGACUUGUCCAGGAGCUGACCUUCUUCGCCUACGAGGUUGCCGAUCGCUACCUGUCUUUCCAGGUACUUGCCAAGGCCCUCCGAGGGAUGUGUCGACUCCGGGGAAUCCAGCUCCACAUCGCCACCUUCAAUAGUGAAUUCCUCCUGUAUUGCCUCAGGCAGGAGGGUCACAUCAAAUCCAGCAUCAGAGUACCUUCCCCUGCACUCUCAGGACUAACACGCCUCGCCGUGAAUGGCUCAAGGAUCUUAGUUCAGCUCGGUGUGCACAGGAAACUGGAAGAACUCGAUCUCACGGACUUUCUCGACCAUGAAGGUCUAGCGCGUGUCACUAUGGACUUGACUGGUGGUCUAUCGGGAGCGUCCCUCAGAACCCUAAGACUGAGACUUCACCAAGACAUGGAACCCGGCAUCGCGCUGGACAUGAUCGACGGUGCCUGUCCCAAUCUCCACAUCCUUUCUUUGGAACAAGAAUAUAUGAGUGCAAAGAACGUCCGGAUCACUUUUGCUCUCUGA